AUGACGCGGAAUCUUCUUAACAUUCUCACGCGUCCCUUCAAGGCGUUUCGCCAGUCGCCCUGGGCAUUAUCGUCCGCCCUUCCAUCCCGAAUCGACGCGUCCUUGCUGGUUGAAGAGGAGAACUCCCCCUACUACGAACCAGCCUAUUUUUAUCCGGCGCGGAUCGGUGAAAUACUUAAUGACCGGUAUCAAAUUGCGACCAAGCUUGGCCACGGAAGCAGAUCGAGUGGAAUCUCAGGGAGUCAUGUAUGUCUCGUCUUCGAGCCUUUACAAACAGACUUAAAGCCGGAUAAUAUCAUGGUACAACUGGAAGAUCAUGGGCUCUUAUCCCAGGAUGCUCGAGAUGAGUUUGAAAACCCACUACCUCAGAAGCAUUGUAAUGAUGGACGUAUCAUCUAUCUAUCCCGGAAGGACUAUGGACCGCUGAAGAAAAUCAUCGGGCUGAUUGAAGUCGUCGACUUUGAUCUAGCAGUCCAAGGUGAUAUUCUUCAAGAUGGCUGUAUCCAGGCGGAGGUAUAUCGUGCGCCAGAGGUCAUUUUUGACAGAGGGUAUACGUAUAGUGCUGAUAUAUGGAGCCUGGGAGUUAUGCUAUGGGAUUUUCUAGAAGGACGAACACUGUUUGAAUCAGUUGAUCCACACAUCGUUGGAGACUAUGAUGACGCAACGCAUCUUGCGUAUAUAACGUCGCUUUUGGGUCCUGCCCCUAAAGACUUUGUUCGCCGCGGCAAGAGGACAUCGAUAUUCUAUACGGCUGCUGGAACACUCAAAAGAGAAGACCUUGUGCCUAGUAACUUUAGCUUUGAAAGCACCAUCUCAAAGUUUAAUGGGGAAGAAAAGAGGAUGUAUAUUAAGUUCGUCAACCGGAUGAUCAAAUGGAACCCCGAAGAGCGAAGCGGAGUAUGCGGGACUGUGGAGUACUUCUCUGGGCCAUUCUUUGACAACAACGGCCGCUUCCUCCUUGAGGACCAGAUCCCCGACCGCAAACUAGACGACACAGCUUCUUUUCUUGAGGAAGAGGAGAGGGAAGCAUUUCUGGAUUUCGUCAAGGGAAUGCUUGUUUGGCAUCAUGAUGCGAGAAAAAUGGCAGGCGAACUGGCCGGGCAUCCUUUUCUUCAACUAAGGUAA